UUCACGUUUACUUCCUCAUUCAAUAACAUAGAAAAUGACUGGUAAAUGUUUCUCCUUCCAUUUGUUCUUUUUACGAGUUUAUUGACGUGAUUUGGACAGAAAAUGACUGCAUUAACUGCUGAGUUUGUCCUCGUUUGCCUGCUGUUCUUCCGUGUCACCGAAGCCAAAUACGAACCCAACUGGGAGUCCAUAGAUUCAAGGCCACUUCCGGAGUGGUACGACCAGGCCAAAUUCGGAAUUUUUAUCCACUGGGGGGUCUUCUCUGUGCCCAGCUUCGGCAGCGAGUGGUUCUGGUGGUACUGGAAGGGUCAAAAGCUGCCUUCGUAUGAGGCCUUCAUGAAAAGGAACUACCCUCCUGGCUUCAACUAUCAAGACUUUGCACCUCAUUUCACUGCAGAGUUCUUUGACGCCAAGGAAUGGACGGACAUCUUUGCUGCAUCAGGAGCCAAGUACAUCGUGCUGACCACUAAACACCACGAAGGCUUCACGCUGUGGGGCUCUGAUACCUCAUGGAACUGGAAUGCGGUAGACGUGGGCCCCAAGCGCGACCUUGUGGCAGAGGUGGCGGGUGCCCUCCGUGCCCACACUGACCUGCGCCUGGGGCUGUACCACUCGCUCUUCGAGUGGUUUCAUCCGUUGUUCCUGCAGGACGCUGCCAACCACUUCGCCACUAAUCGCUUCCCCCUCGCCAAAAGUCUGCCCGAACUUUACCAGCUGGUGAUGACGUACAAGCCUGAUGUGCUGUGGUCGGACGGAGACGGGGAUGCACCGGACAAGUACUGGAACAGUACCGGCUUCCUAGCCUGGCUUUAUAACGACAGUCCAGUAAGGGACACGGUGGUGACAAAUGACCGGUGGGGCUUGGGCUCCAUCUGCAAACACGGUGGCUACUACACCUGCGCUGACCGCUACCAGCCGGGUCACUUGCUGCCACACAAGUGGGAAAACUGCAUGACCAUCGACACAAAAUCAUGGGGCUACAGGCGGAACGCCCCCCUCGCUGAUUACCUCAGCAUCGAGGAGCUUGUGGCGACAUUAGUGGAGACCGUGUCCUGCGGCGGCAACCUGCUGAUGAACGUGGGUCCAACAGCGGACGGGAGGAUCGCGCCAAUCUUCGAGGAGCGCCUGCGUCAGAUGGGUCAAUGGCUCGGAGUCAACGGCGAAGCAGUGUAUAACAGCAGUGCCUGGCGGGCUCAGAAGGACUCCAUCGCGCCUGGCGUUUGGUAUACAGCCAAACCGCAGCAGGACACCAUCUUUGCCUUCUUCCUUCAGUGGCCGGCUGCUGGAUCUUUAUUCCUCAGUGAACCUGGAUGUAGAUCAGGACACACUCAGGUGGUGCUGUUGGGUCAUGGGCCCCUGCAGUGGGUGCCUGCCGCCAGUAGUGGUCUUUUGGUCUUCCUGCCUCGUCUGUCCAUUAGCCAGAUACCGUGCCAGUGGGCCUGGACCCUCAAGCUUACGGGUGCCAAGUGAGCUGCAAGAAGACGACACUGAUUUCGGAUGCACUGAACUGCUUACAAGAACUCAAGCUGUUACUGCCAGAAAAUUCAGCUAGGGUGAAUUUGCAUUUAUUUUUUUCCUUCGCCAGUUGCUGAAACCUACGGAAGGUGGAGGUUAUGUUUUUGGUCCGGUUUAUGUGUUUGUGUUCAAGAUAACCCAAGAACAGAUAAAGGGAUUACUCUUUUACUUGAAGGAUAUACAGUGGUACCUCUACUUACGAACGUCUUGACAUACAGAAUUUUCAGGUAAAAACACACCUCAACGGAAAAAUACUGCCUCCGAAGGAAUCUGACCUUCUAGCCAGACCGCCGGAAUCGCACCAGCCGAACUGCCGGAGCUCCAAUGCCCCGGGCUGGCGGGACCUAGCAAUCCGGCCAGAAGGGCAAACUCUGUGCAUUCACCUUAGUCUUAACUCUUUGUAUUGACUCCAUUUUGAAAGGUUUAAAGAAGGCUUACUGAAAACAAGUAGGCAAUUUAUUCAGGUCAACAGAGAUCAAAACGGCAAGGCGAAACAGAAACACUCAGGCGGGGAGGCAAGCUCGUUCCAAGGUCACCAUAUCAGAAGUCAACAAAAGAAAAAUGACAAUGCUUAGUUAAACAUUCAGUCUUUGAAGGCUCUCGCAGGUUGGGUUGUGGUCAGGACGAAGGGUGUGUUUGGGAUUAUUGUCUGUUUGUGGAUUGGACAGGGGGAUUCGGGAGUUACUGUUGCUCAGGCAACGAGGGUUGUGGAUUUUGCCACCUCGGCGUCAAAGGGGCUCUUGGAGUCUUGUCAGUCGUGUUAUCAGUUGGAAAUCGGGCGUUCUGGGGGCUCCUUGUGUUGGGACAGAGCGUCGUGCCGGAAGAACUGAUUGCGAGAGUUGCUGCAUCAAUCUUGCUAAUGACGCACACGUUGGGCUUCCGUGAUAAGAAAGCGUCGUGUAUCUUUUAUGCCCUGUAUUCUGCUUGUUUUCCUUAAACUAUGGUAUAAAUGCUAUAUAUUUUAUAUUGGGUGUGUUAGAGUAAUACAAACAGUUAGAUGGUGCCUACGAGAAAAGGUACUAUGUCCUUCAUUCCGGGGAUCAUUGAUAAAAAAAUGACGGCGGUCUCGGAACUUAGCCUUAGCAAGAUGUGAAAAAAUUAGCAAGUCCCCCUCAGGGUUCCUGUUAAAAGGUUCUUUAAGACAAUUAGAUACCACUUUAAGGAGUUACAUUGCGGGGUCAAAACCUUGGUAGUGUCUGGUCCCGUGGCUGUAGGUAUCAGCUCACAGUGCUCUCCUUUAUGUGAAAGAAAUUUCAGGAUAUGAAAGGCAAAAAUACAGUAUGGCUUGUACUCGCAGCUCCCAGAGUUUGCUGAACAUAACAUACUUAUAGCUGCUCUGCCUUUGGCUAUCGCCUAGCAUUCUUGGCAUCGAAUUGGCUAAGUGGGACCUCUACGAUAGGUGUAUGUGUGUAUCCCAGCGUCCUUGUCAGUCGGCCCUUGUGUUCCGAAAGAUUUACAUGUAUUAACUUUUAUUCUUCCUCUAUUCUUGUUUUUGCACAACUCUGAUUUUAAGUUUAUUGUGCAAUAAUCUAAUUGCAGCGUGUAUUUGUUACAUGUUUUGAUGCAUUUGUUUACAUUAUAAAAGAUUUAUGUCAAAUGUUGGGGGGCUUGGAACGGAUUAAGGUAUUUACAUGGAAAUUGCGUCUCAACUUACAGAAUUUUCAGGUUACAAAACUGCUUCGUAAGUAGUGGUACUACUGUACAGUAUUUUCACUAUGAAAAGGAAGUGAUUACAUUUUGGGGUAGUGAAGUCAAAGGUCACAGAGGUCAGAAAGGGAAUUUAGCAAUACCUCACGAACAAAGAAAGGGUUUAUUAUCCAGCUUCCAGGAUAUGUUUGUAAUAUGAAACGGAAGAGUUGUUUAAAAUCUGGGGUAAAAGCGGUAUUGAAAUAAUGAUAAUGAGGUCAAAGGUCACGGAAGUCAGAAAAGGAAUUUCAUCGUAACUUCUUUGAUACUUAAAGGGAGCUCUCACACCACCAAAUAUAGCAAUGCUUUGAAUUUGUCUGCUUCGGAGGAUGUCUUCACUCUCUGAGUGCUCCUUUUUGUCUGUUUGGAAAAAUUUUUUUUAAAUCUUUUUCAAAAUUAAUAAACAUUUUUUUUCAUGUCA